AUGGCCGCCUCCACCAUGUCCGUCUGCUCCGAUGCCUGCACCCACGCCUCCUGGCAGGUGGACGACUGCCCAGAGAGCUGCUGCGAGCCCUGCGGCGCCCCCAGCUGCUGCCAGCCCCGCGGCUGCGCCCCCGCCCCCUGCCUCACCUUCCUCUGCUCCCCAGCGGGCUGUGCGUCCAGCCCCUGCUGCCAGUCCGUCUGCGCCAGCUGCUGCACACCCUCCUGCUGCCAGCCGUCUAGCUGCCAGCCGUCCUGCUGCGUGCCUGUCUGCUGCAAGCCCGUCUGCUGUAAGACUAUGUGCUGUGAGCCCGUGUGCUGCAGACCGUUGUGCUGCACACCCAUGUGCUGCAGACCCGUGUGCUGUGAGCCUGUGUGCUGCACACCCGUGUGCUGCAGACCUGUGUGCUGUGAGCCCGUGUGCUGCGGGGCUUCCUCCUGCUGCUGCCAGCCGUCCAGCUGCCAGCCCUGCUGCCGCCCCUGCCCGCCCUGCCCGCCAUCCUCCAGCGUGUCCCUGCUGUGCAGGCCCGUGUGCAGGCCCGCCUGCUGCGUGCCCACCUCCUCCUGCUGUGCCCCCUGCUGCCA